AUGGUGCUCGGGAUCACAGCACCCCCGCCAAAUCGACAACAGGCACAGGAGCAAGAACAGAAGGCCGAGCAGGCUGCGAAUGACCAGCAAAAGCCGGUAAGUGCUUUUUAUGUUUUCUGUUAUAUUUUUAGAUGUACGAAUUCGCAUAUUCCAAGUACCUAGAACAAGUCAUCAAGAUUCUGGAGAGUGACCCCAAGUUCCAAGAACGGGUUAGAGGAAUGAACGAGAACGACAUAAAGGUAUGAUGCUUGUUUUGGUAAUAUUUUUGUUUUUAGGAAGGUAAAAUCGCCGAUCACAUUGACGAUUUAAGUCCCGAAGUCUUCAGCGAGCUAACUAAAGCCAAGUUGCAAGAAAUCGAAAGGUUGCGAGAGCAGAUCAAUGAAGAUAUUAAGGUACAUGGGGAUCCUAGCAAGAUUCCUGUUCCAGAACAUAUCGAUGUGUAUAAUUGGGAAAAAUUCCACAAGGAAGACCUGAGAAAAUUAAUCCAAAAGGUAUUUUAGUAUAUGGUUUGUUACCUAAAAUCUCUCAUUUUAUUUUAGACAGUUUCUCAUAUGGAGGAGAUUGAUAAACAACGAAAAGAAAAGUUCAAGGAAUACGAAAUGAAAAAGAAAGCUGAAGAAGAUCAUAAACUUGCCAAACUGCCUCCAGAUGAAAGAGAAAAAGAAAAACAAAAAAUAGAAGAUGCCCAGAAAAGACAUAAGGAACACGAAAAGGUGAAGCAUCCAGGAGGACGCGAACAGUUGGAAGAAGUAUGGGAAGAGUCUGAUCAUGUAUGUUUCAUUUAUAUUAUUACAGGGUGCGGCAAAAAAAUUGAAACUUAGGUUUAUAGCUAUCUUAUUUAACAAACGUAACAAUCUAUAUCAGUAACAUAGAGAAAAAAAUGUUCAGCCAGUGUUAAAGCGGCUGCCCUUGGCGGCGGUAUAGAGCUCCAAACGCGUUUGCAAACGUGGCUUGACAUCUUGGGCGAAGGGCCGCAGCUUUUUUGGGGAAAUCGGUCGUUCUUGGCGCAGCGAUUAGCGACUACAAGCCUUUGUGACGUGUGGUACAGAUGCUGGUCUCCAAUUUAAUAAAUGCAUGGUCCUUAAGAUUAAGAUCCGGCAAGUAGGUGGCAGUUUGAAUAAAGUGGGUAAUUUUGGCCUUUUGCUAAUUAUGAGCAGUUUUUGCCUUGCGAACCGGGGCGGAGUAUACUGCUGGGACGCGUUCGAACGUCAAAUUCGCAUCGUUAAAGUGCUACUGAGCUUACGGAAGCGCGGCGUUUUCUGCACAGCUCGUUACAUUUUUGAGCCCUAGGACAGAAAAACCCGGAGAAUUUAAUAGUAAAAAUAUCAUUUGGCUGCACGUAAAAAAUUUCUCGUCUGUACCCAUGAAAAAAGUUUAAACUUUUUGCCUCACUCUGUAUUUUGUUACCUAAAUUUAGAUGGAGAAGGAUAACUUUGAUCCAAGGACAUUCUUUGCUCUGCAUGAUCUAAAUGGAGAUGGUUACUGGAAUGAUGAUGAAUUGGAGGCCUUGUUCCAAAUUGAAUUGUCGAAGUUGUAUAACGAGACAGACCCUGAUGAUGAUCCAAGGGAAAAGUAGGUAUCACAAUUGUAUUCUGAUGGCUGAAACAGAGUUGAAGAGAUGUACAGAAUGAGAGAACACGUUGUAAAGCAGAUGGAUAAGAACAAUGACAGGCUAAUUUCGCUUCAAGAGUUCCUUCAAGACAGUGAAGCGACCACUGAUGAUAAUAAAGAUGAAGGGUGGAAAGAUCUGGCAGAUCAAGACAUCUAUUCUGAAGAUGAACUCAAGAAGUUUGAAGAAGAAUAUGCUAAACAACAAGGUUGGGGUGAGCAUGCUUAUGACCCCUAUGACCCAAAUUUAGAUAGGAAAACACAAGGAGGAUUCGAAGGACAACAGGUAAGGGCGGUCAUCUCUGGUUAGCUCUGUGCGUUCGUUGUUUCUUCUCAAAGAUUGCACACUUCUUGUCCAUUAAGAUUACACCGGUCGAAUGUCGAUUUGUUUUGUUGAGGAGCCUUUUGUGUGUCAUGUUUUUUCGGGCUUGUUAUUAAUAUUGGUUUUAACGAGCGUAUCUAAUGUUAAUUCUCAGCCAAUCCAACCCGUAAAUGGACAAAUGCCCCCUCAACAACAAGCAUAUCAGCAGCCCCCGCAACAACAAGUUUAUCAACAGCCUUCCCAGCAGCAGGUUCAUCAACAACCUCCCCCUGUUCAGCCCCAACAAGUGCAUCCCCAGCAAGUCAAUCAACCUCCUCAGCCUAAUCAGGUUCCAGUUCAAAAGGUUCCCAAGGCUGUUGAUCCUCAAUACGGGAUCUAA